AGUCGUCGUCGUCCUCCUCAAAAGAAAAAGCAAUGGCGUGAGUUGAUUUUCACUCACGGGUCAUACGAGAAAACUCGUCUUCUUCGUCUUCUUCUUCUUCUUCUUCUUCUUCUUCUUCCUCUCAAUUGCUCAUCAAAGGAUUCACACUUUCACACGUUUUUCUUGUUCCUCUUUUUAAACCCCACAAACAACAACCCUCAACACGCUAUAAUCUUUUCUUCCAACUCCUCUUUUUUUCUACUUAUUCCCGCGUUAUUUAUAGUAUAGCUCUCUGUUUUGAUCUCACUCUAAUUACCUCAAUUCAGUAUCUGUUGGAAGAAAGAGAGAGAUAUGUCGACGGGGACAUACUUCGGUGAUGACAGCAACAGAGGGGUGAGUAUCAUUGGUGGUCGUUAUGUUCAGUAUAAUGUGUAUGGCAAUCUCUUCGAAGUAUCUAAAAAGUAUGUUCCUCCUCUUCGUCCUAUCGGCAGAGGCGCUUCUGGCAUCGUCUGUGCUGCAUGGAAUUCGGAGACGGGUGAGGAAGUAGCGAUCAAGAAGAUUGGUAAUGCAUUUGGUAACAUCAUCGACGCUAAGAGAACUUUGAGAGAGAUUAAGCUUCUUAAGCAUAUGGAUCAUGACAAUGUCAUUGCCAUUAAAGACAUAAUACGACCACCGCAGCGAGACAACUUCAACGAUGUUCACAUUGUCUUUGAGUUAAUGGACACUGAUCUUCAUCACAUUAUACGCUCAAACCAACCGUUGACCGAUGAUCAUUCACGGUUCUUCUUGUACCAGUUGUUGAGAGGACUCAAGUAUGUGCAUUCAGCCAAUGUAUUGCAUCGUGACUUAAAGCCGAGUAACUUGCUCCUGAAUGCAAAUUGUGACCUCAAGAUUGGGGAUUUUGGACUCGCAAGGACUAAUUCAGAGACAAACUUCAUGACAGAAUAUGUUGUUACACGUUGGUACCGAGCUCCAGAGUUGCUCCUCAAUUGCUCAGAGUACACUGCAGCUAUCGAUAUUUGGUCUGUUGGGUGUAUACUCGGUGAAACUAUGACCAGGGAGCCGUUGUUUCCGGGCAGCGAUUAUAUUCAGCAGCUUAGACUCAUCACUGAGCUUAUAGGUUCACCAGAUGAUUCAAGCCUAGGAUUCUUAAGAAACGAGAACGCUAGGCGAUACGUAAGACAGCUUCCUCAGUAUCCAAGACAAAACUUUGCCGCUAGAUUCCCAAACAUGUCGGUUAAUGCAGUUGAUUUGCUGCAGAAAAUGCUCGUCUUUGACCCAAGCAAACGGAUUACAGUUGACGAAGCUCUGUGCCACCCAUACUUGGCGCCGUUCCAUGACAUGAACGAGGAACCUGUAUGCGGGAGACCGUUCCAUUUCGAUUUCGAGCAACCUUCGUUGACAGAAGAGAAUAUCAAGGAGCUUAUAUAUCGUGAAUCAGUCAAGUUCAACCCUCAAGAUUCUUAGUCCGAGGAAUCUUGAAAUGAAACACAACAACUUUACUUUCUCUGUAUGUUUCAUUAAACUGCUGAUAUAGUGAAGCAUGUAAUGUUUUUUUAAAUUUAAUUUCAGCUCUUAUUACGAAUAAACUACCUUUUUUUCCUCUCUAACA